CGCCUCCUGGUAAAGCAGGCGAAACGUCACGCCGCACAGCUCAACAGACACACGCACAUCCUUCGGUUUUACUUGAAUAGAUCAAACGCGAGGACUUCAUUACACUGUGCUCAAUGCACGGAUAUGCGUAAAAAGAACAAAUCCCACGGAGAAGCCAAGAUAACCAAGUUUUUUUCUUCAGAAAAGAUAGAUUUUCCUAAUGUGGAAAACAUCGCAGCGAUCGAGGUCGGGAGGAAAACAGCUUAGCUAGGUACAGUAGGAACUACCAUUCGCCCACUGUCGCCAGCUCGUUGUACCGUCGUGUGCGUUAAAACACUUGAGGUAAAGAUUGUAGAAGCUUUACGAAGUAAACAUGGACCGGGGAGGCUGUCAGAUGAACGGUGGCGGCGGAGGGGACAGUAUUGGGCCCGACCGGCACGGAAUGAUCACGCUGGAAGACCUAGAGUCAUUCACCGAGGAUCAGCUGUCAGACUCCGGCAACGGGAGUCUGGAAGAAGGCGAAACCAUGGAGGAAGAAGAGGACCAGGACCGUCUGCUGCACUACUGGCAAGACGUGGCCCGAGGACACCAAGUGGACGUUCCUGAAGAUAUGGCCGAGCCCAUUCAGCAGCUGACUUCCAACAACGACGGUCGCAGCAGCAGGGAGCAUGUGCCAUUUACUCUCCUCACCCGCAAAGAGAAGUGUGGGGAGGUGUUGUAUGAGAAGCGGCAUUAUGAAAAGGGCCACUGGGCUUGUAUUACAAUGCGAGAGGACACUUAUGAACAGAGCAUCUGCUAUGGAUUUAUGAGGAUCAUGAGAUACAUCUGCGAGCAGAACUCAUUGGGUAACUAUCUGGGCAUGUCCCUGCCUAUUGUGACAGUGGUUCGCACAGAUGAGAGCCGCUCAGUCUUCUCUCAUGAAGUUACUGUGGCCUACUACCUUCCUGCAGUGCACCAGGCCCAGCCUCCUCAACCCUAUGACAGUGACAUCUCCAUCGAGAUCUGGCCUGCUACUAUUGUAUAUACACGGCCUUUUACUGGUCCAACUAAUGAAGUGACCAUCAUGAAUCAGAUUAACACCCUGGCAGAGCUGCUCGACUCUCCCAACAUGUGUGUUAAUGAUUCAUUCAUCGUAGCUGGCUACACAAACCCAGCCCACAGCCACCGGCAGAACGAGAUCUGGUUUUUGGAGCGACGCUGAGGACCAUCCUUUAUCUGACCUGUCAGAAGAAUUAGACUGCCUCUGUCGGCACUUUUCUUUGGGAGACCACCAAAAUGACUGACAACAACCUGGGCAUUACAUGGGGCAUAUUGGAAGAGAACCGUUGUUCUAACCUCAGUGAGUUCUUGUCCACUUUUGAACUGAUCCUUCACUCCAAGUCACUGCCAUGCCCUGGUUGGCCUGAGAAGAAGUACAGGGCAUCUGAGGAUCUGUGGGGUGCCUGAGUGCAUUACUGUUUAUCGGACGCACACAUGCCCUGAGACUUUGUAAUGUGCCACAACAUAAGCACUUUGUGAGGCCAGGUCUGCCUGUUCUGGACGUUUUGUUUCAAGUACCAGGAUAUUCAUGUUAUGCUAAACACUGCUAUAGGAUGUGUAGUUAGUGCAAUAGAUGUCAGACAAAACAAUGCACUUGAGUAGUAUAACCUCAAAUCUCACUGCUACCUGAAAUAACUCUGGUUGCACCAUGAAUAAGCUUAAAGUUCAGGACACUAGGAAAGCCACACAUCAUGUGUAGAGUUGAAUGUACAGGGUAAAUACAGAUCUCUUACAAACCAAACCUGUUACUAUUACCAUACUACUGCUGGAUGACAAUCAUGUCUUACUCAUCAUGUUUUCUCUCAGACGAGUUCAAUGCAUUCCAUAUGUCAUAGACAUAUUACCUUUGUACCUCUCUCCUCAUGUCUGUUCCACAAUUGUAAGUCUGUUUGCCCUCACUACUGUACUGCAAAUGCCACUGCUGCUGAUGAAACUAGAAAAGACAAGUGCACAGAGAAUAUCUACUGUGAUAAAUGAUGUUUAUGUUUAAAUAGACUAUACAGUUUAUAGCUAUUAGAUUUUUUAUUUUGUAUCAGAAUCUAAGGUGUGAGUUGUAUGUUCAUUUUUUUUUCUUUUGCAAAUGAACCAAUGCAACACUGCAGUGUUACACCAGCUAUAUUCACUGAAUUAUAUUCUUUUCUACAGAAAGUCAUGGGUUAUUUGCUUUGGCACCACAAAAUAUGCAAGCUGUAUUAACUGGACAUGAAGUAGCCAAAUCAACACUGUGAGGAUCAGGGAGCAAGCCUCUUAAAAUGUCUGUUUUUAAAAAAGGUAUAUUAUAUUGAAGACUAUUGUUGAAAGUAACUAUUUUCUGUCAGAAAGUACAAAGGAGGAAUUGUGUAGUGCUGGUGUCUGUGUCCUUUCAACAGUUAAAAGUAGUGGUUUUAUAGUGAGCGAUUCGCAUCCAAAGAGUUUGUCAGCAUUGAGUGACUUGUACAGAGUUUAAUAUAAACAAUAAGCCAUGAAGGAUUUGAAUAUUUUAGUUCCCUUUAACAGGAUGAAACAAACCAAUUAUGAUUUUCUUCUCUGCUUAUUUGAGUGUUUUGCAAAAGUGUGCUGUACUGUGAAUAUGCAAGUGCAACAGCAGCGGCUACUGUGGUUAUCUGGUUUCAAUAAAUUGUGCUUUUCUUCUAUCCUGUCA